CUCUCUCUCUCUCUCUCUCUCUCUCUCUAGCUCGCUCUCCUCCUCACAUACACACAUAUACACUUUACUUUCUUUGACUUCUCUCCUCGAUCACACUCUCUCUCUUCUUUUCUCUCUCUCUCUCUCUCUCUCUCUCUCUCUCUCUCUCUCUCUCUCUCUCUCUCUCUCUCUCGCCGUGAAGAGAAGCAAUGAGCGCCGUGCGGACAGGAAUACGGAUCAGUGACAGCUGAGCUCCUUUGGCAAUGCCACAGUCUCCCCUCUGAUGAGAUGAUGAGAACCUACACCCGCGGGGCCCCCACAGUCUUCUUCCUAAGUCUUCUGUGGCCCCUGCUUGUCCCGACGGUGGUGGCUACGACGGAAGGAGACCCCAGCCGAGGAAUCCCCUUCAUGGGAGGCAACUACGAUGGACAUCCCAUGCUGUACUUCAACCGGGGGAAUGUGGAGGAGCUGCAGUACGCGGCGGCGGGGACUCAUCGGAACAUGGCGAGGAGGAUUCGUGAAGCUGGGGAAACGAUGCUGGAGCACCCGGAGGAGUACCUGCCACCCUGGAGCCCCGCGGAGUUCAGCGCCCGCUGGAAUGAGGUGUACGGGAACAAUCUGGGUGUUCUGUCCAUGUUCUGCCUGCUGUACCCCCACAGGGCCGGGGCCCUCGACCUGGCCAAGGACUACAUGGAGAGGAUGGCGGCUCAGCCUAGUUGGCUGGUCAAAGAUGCCCCCUGGGAUGAAGUUCCUUUGGCGCACUCAUUGGUUGGGUUCGCCACCGCUUACGACUUCCUGUAUGAGUACUUGAACAAGGGCCAACAGGAGCGAUUUCUGCAGGUGAUCGGCAACGCGUCGCGCCUGAUGUAUGAGAAGUCCUACGUCCGAGGCUGGGGCUUCCAGUACCUGCACAACCAUCAGCCCACCAACUGUGUGGCUCUGCUCACUGGAAGCCUGGUUUACAUGACACAAGGUUACCUACAGGAGGCCUACCUGUGGACCAAGCAGGUCCUGUCCAUCAUGGAGAAGUCCAUGAUCCUCCUGCAGGAUGUGACGGAUGGCUCCCUGUAUGAAGGCGUGGCCUAUGGGACUUACACCACCCGCUCUCUGUUCCAGUACAUGUUCCUGGUGCAGCGCCACUUUGCCAUCAGCCACUUCGACCACCCAUGGCUUCUCAAACACUUUGCCUUCCUCUACAGGACUAUCCUGCCCGGAUUUCAGCGGACUGUAGCCAUUGCAGAUUCCAACUACAACUGGUUCUAUGGGCCGGAAAGCCAGCUGGUCUUCCUGGAUCGCUAUGUGCUGCGUAAUGGCAGUGGAAACUGGCUGGCCGAUGUGAUUCAUCAAAACAGGGUGAUGGAAGGGCCAGGGCAGGCUGGAAAGGGCCAGCGGUGGUGUACUCUCCACACAGAGUUCAUCUGGUAUGACCCGAGCCUGAUCUCGAAGCCCCCGUCAGAUUUUGGAACAUCCCAACUCCACUACUUUGAGGACUGGGGUGUGGUCACAUAUGGCAGUGCUUUACCUGCAAACACCAACAACACCUUUGUCUCCUUCAAGUCAGGGAAGCUGGGAGGACGUGCCAUCUUCGACAUCGUUCACAGGAACAAGUACAAAGAGUGGAUCAAAGGGUGGAGGAACUUUAAUGCUGGCCACGAGCACCCAGAUCAGAACACUUUCACCUUCGCACCCAAUGGUUUCCCAUUUAUAACUGAGGCACUAUAUGGACCCAAGUACACUUUGUUAAACAAUGCGGUGUUGUUUGGCUCGGCGGUCUCAGGGAGUUGCUUUAAGCCGUGGGUUGGGCAGGUUACAGAGACCUGUGACUCUAAGUGGUUGAAGUACAAAGUGGGUCUUGCGGCUGAUACCCAGGGCAGAGUCGAAGCUGCUAUGGAGAGACAGGGAAUGGUCUUCAUCCGAGGUGAGGGACGUUCUGCGUAUAAUUCCGAACUAAAGAUCAGAAACUUUCAGAGGAACCUUCUCCUUCUUCACCCACAGCUGCUCCUCCUUGUGGACCACAUCCACCUGGAUCCUGACAGCCCAACCAGGGCCAUGAGCGCCUUCUUCCACAACACCGAGCUGCCAUUCCAGGGCACAAAGGUAGAUGGUGUUCAUGGAGCAUUUGUGUCACAUGGUGAGGACAAAUAUAAGAUGUUCUGGAUGGAUGACACCGGCUACAGUAACAAAGGAGUGAUAGGUUACUGGAAUUACCCUCGAGGAUACCCAUAUAAUGGUUCUAAUUAUGUGAACAUCACAAUGCCAUUGAGGUACCCUUACACAAGGGUGGCAUACAUUUUUUUUGGACCGGGGGUGGACAUACAGAGCUUCAGCCUGCGUGGUGAUGACCAGAGAGUGGAUAUUUACCUGGCCACCAAGGAUCACACUUACACCAUCUACCUGCUUACUGGAGAUGUCACCAGCAAGCCUCUGUUCUCCAUGGUGCUGCUUAACAACAAGAAAAUCGUAUUCGAGAAGGCCGCAGAUGCCGUUGACAGCUCGCCAGAGGAAGUAGAGGAGUACGUCAAUGUGAUGGAGGACAACCUCCAGCAUGUCAAGCCUGUUUUUCAGCAGAUGGAGAGACAUAUCCUUGGACGGGUUCUGAACACUAACAGCUUCAGAAAGACUGCAGAGCGCCUCCUGCAGUUCUCUGACAAAAAGAAGACAGAGGAGGUCAUUGAGAAGAUGUUUGCUAUGUCCAAGAAGCAGGGCAAGGGUAAAGGGGGGAAGAAAGUCAACCUUGGGGAGAAGCUUUCUGAGAGUCUCCCUGACAUUUUUGCACAGAUUGAAGUGAAUGAGAAAAAGCAGAGACAGAAAACCUCAAAGCGUACGUAUGAGGACAGUCCAGAAGAGGGAGACUCAGACUCCCGGGCCUUUAUGGAUUAUACAGACAGUCGCAAAAACCGAAAAGGAGGCUUUGUCAAGGGCCGCAAAUUCAAAGAGGUUCACAUGGUAGCCACAACAGGGAGUGAAGGUUUCACCAGCACAGCCUCUUACAUAAGACUCUUCCUCCUGCUGAACACUGCUACCUUCUUUUUACUGCUGGCUGUGUUGCUGACUCGCUUUCAGAGGGGUCGAAGUUUGCACACACAGAGGUGUUUCUACUCCAUCCUUCUGAUCGACUGCUUCAUCUUACUGUACCUCUACUCCUCCUGCUCUCACACACAGUGCUAACACCAUGAGCGGGUUUGGAAUCGUCCAGCCCACGACCGAAUGACCUGUUGUUCAUGGUGAACUAAAUGCACCUCACACCUCAGUCUGAGCCAGAUCUUAUAGUAGAAUAUUGGGCUGCUGGUAGAAAAAAAGUCUGAGAUUUCAAGAAUUUCUUUUAUUUCUGUGAUAUUGUGGCUUUCUCCCCCAAACUUAUGAUUUAGUACUCAUUGUGAAUUCUAUUUUUGAGAUAAUCAAUUUUAUUCUUGUAAUAGAAUGACUUUUAUUGUCGGAAUCAGAUUUUCUUUUGUAAUCUUACAACAUGGUAAAUCAAAACUCUAUCCCUAAUCUAUCCCUAACACAUGAAUAAGUACAAUCCUCUCACAUGUAGUCUCAUAAUGGCAAACGGUGCAAGUUAAAAGGGGAUGAAUGUCCUAAAUGCACUUGAACAAUGACAUCGAGAUCAUUCAAAUAAAGCCUGAUGACCUUUUUGAAAUUCUGACUUCAUACUCAUAAGAAAUGUGACUGUUAUUAUCAGAAUAUAACCUUUAUUUUGCAUAAUGUUAUGACUUUUUCUUGUCAUUUCUAUUUUAGUCAUACAAGUCACAAAUUUACCUCAUGGGGAUUGAGGAUUAUAAUCUGAAAAUUAUGACUGAACCUCUUAGUAACAUAUACUCGUAAUGUUGCUAGUUUUAUUCUAUUGAUAUCAUGACUUUUUCUCAAGUCUAUGACUUUUUCCUACAUAAUAUUCUGAUUUUAUUCUUGAAAUGUCAGAUUUCCUUUUCCCUAACAGUGUUCCAAAUACUUAUAAGAUCAGGAAAUACAGCAACUGAUUCCAAUAGGAAUUGAAGAAUUGCCAAGAUGAAACCAGAUCACCUCUGAUGUAAUUAAGCUUCUGUGGAGCUUUAGAACUGAGUCUGUGUGAAGUUUGUUCAUAGUUGUGUUCAGAGUUCCUGCCUUGUAUCAAAGAUCCCAAGGUUAGCCACUAUAGUGCAGUCGCCUCAGCUGUACAUGAGAUUUGUCCUGUCUACAUAGUUUAUAGAAAUACAUUGAAAUGUAUAUAAAUAUAUAUAUAUGUGAAAGCAAGAUAUAUUUUUAUGGUUUCUUUUUUACCAUUUGUAAAUAAAAUUACCACAUGCA